AUCAAAAUCUAUUAAAUAAAGAAGAUACACUACCAAAAAGUGUUCGUCAUCAUGACGUCUGUUUGUUUACCUUUUGACCAACGACAAUAACAGCUCUUCCCCUUAUUUCGGAUACAUCUCAUUUUCGCCUAAUUUAAUCACAAAUGCGCAAAAAAUACGUCGUAUUUGCGCAUUUUAAACAUGUAAAAUGUUUUUUUUACCUCCUGACAAUAAAAAACAUUGGAUUUUAAGCCGUGGAAUUGAAAUUUAAAAGGAGUUUUUAUAAUAGAGUAUUGCAAACAGGUUUAUCAUGAGUCGUCGACGUAAUGCAAAAGGAGUUUGAGAAGAUUUUUACUGCAUUUUUGUUAUUUACAUCGUAUUACCAAGGAUUUUUUUAUCACUGAAGAAAAAAGAUCUGAUAUUGAAAAUAUUUGACAAUAGAUUAAUAAGUAUAAGGUAUGACAGUUGGCAUUAUUGACUGAUUAUUUGGUCUGCCUCUACGUAAUAUUGUUAAUUUGGAAAUAAUUUGUGAUGCCAAGAAAUGUAGUUGGUCAUGUAAAAUAUUUUGGUUUUUAACUGAUAUUAUUGUGUUUUAUGUCUGUGCCAGAGUUAUUCCUUUGUGGUCUGUGGAUUCUUGUUUCUUAUAGGAAUAUUUGAUUUGCAGUAUCAUUGAAAGCAGGUUGUAAAUGACCUAGGAUUUUUUUAAACUUGCAAAAGACCUGGGGACAACCCACUACUAUUCUGAGGUGUAGAUUUUGUGAUGACAUGAAUGAAAAUUGUUGACUUCAGUACUUCCUCACAUGCCAGCAAUUUCACUAUCUGAAGGUUUGGCAAUAGUUGGUUUAAUUUGAGAGCUUUUCUUGGAUGAAACUGAAUAUUCAUUGACAUAAAACCGACUUUGUUUCAAAGCUGUAUACGUAUUCAACAUCCUUUGAGAUGGAAGGUGAAAACUCAGGUUUGCCUUUAAUCAAACAAGAAAAUGACCAUUUCGAGGAUGAACAUACCGAAACCACAGUAGAUUCUUUCAUAGAAUUCAAGGCAGAACCAGAAUAUAUUGAUUGUAGUGAAGUUGAUGUAAAAUAUGAAGGCCUGGAUAUAAAGAGUGAAGACCAUCCAAGUUUUGAUGGUGAAAAUGGAAAGAAGAUUUGUAGUGAAGAAGAAGAAGAUAGAGAUUUGGGUAGAACAGAAGUAUUUUCAAGGAGAAACAACACAGUAAAGAGACUAACUUGUGCUGAAUGCCAAAGGACAUUUUCACACAUGGGCAGCCUGAGAUACCACAUGCGAACUCAUACAGGUGAGAAGCCAUAUACUUGCUCUGUAUGUCAAAAAGGUUUUUCACGUCCAAGUAAUCUUAAAAGACACAUGCGAACUCAUUCAGGAGAGAAACCAUUCACUUGUUCUGUAUGUCAAAGAAGUUUUUCUUGUCAAAGUAAUUUCAAAACACACAUGAGAACUCAUACAGGGGAGCUAUGUACUUCUUGCUCUGUAUGUGAGAGAAGUUUUUCUCAUCAAAGUGAUCUCAAAACACACAUGAAAUCUCAUACAGGAGAGAAACCAUUCACUUGCUCUGUAUGUCAACUAAGUUUUUAUCGACAUAUUCAUCUAAAACAACACAUGAGAACUCAUACAGGAGAGAAGCCAUAUACUUGCUCUAUAUGUCAAAAAAGUUUUUGUCAUCAAAGUAAUCUUAAAAGACACAUGAGAACUCAUACAGGAGAGAAACCAUUCACUUGCUCUGUAUGUCAAAAAAGCUUUUCUUUGCAAAAUAAUCUGAAAGUACACAUGAGAACUCAUACAGUGGAACUAUGUAUUUCUUGCUCUGUAUGUGAGAGAAGUUUUUCUCAUCAAAGUGAUCUCAAAACACACAUGAAAACUCAUACACAAGAGAAACCAUUCACUUGCUCUGUAUGUCAAAGAAGUUUUUAUCGACAAAUUCAUCUUAAAGAACACAUGAAAACGCAUACAGGAGAGCAAACACUUAUUUGCUCUGUAUGUCAAGGAAGUUUUACUCGUGAAAGUAGUCUCAAAAGACACAUGAGAUGUCAUCACGGGGAGAAAACCAUAUACAUGCUUUGAAUGUCAAAAAAGUUUUUCUCGUCAAAGUGUUCUAAAAAAACACAUGAGAACUCAUAAACAAUGGCUUCUCUCUGGCUCAAGUUUUUCUUAAUUUUCAAUUUAUAUCAGGGGUGCGAUGGUCCCCAGCCUGGGGUCUAUGGUUGCAUCUAUAUUCCACUAGCCUUAUAUGAGAGGGCUCUUUUCAAGAUGUUUACCGUUCCAUUGUAAGUCUCACCUCUCUGUGACUGUAUUUCUGCUUAGUCUUCGUAGAGUUUUAGAUAAAAAAAGGUAAUCCUUUGUUAAUUCUGAUUCUAUUUCCUGCCGUGAACGUCUUUUGUUUUUGAGUUCUUGGU